AUGCGUUUCUAUUGUCAUUGUCUCAAUGUUAAUAUUGAUGUAUUAGAAAUAAAUGAUGAUCACGAGACGAUAUCACAAUUUGUACCCGUUGAUUUAGUACAAGUUGUUAAUAUACAACAUGAAUGGUUUUUAUGCGAUGUACCAUCCGAUCAAUCGAUACAUAUUACAUGGCAAAGUCUUCUUCAAUCAGUACCUGUGCGUGACAUGAAAUUGAACCGGUGCUUAGGAUGUCAUUUAUAUACACAUGUUACUAAUAUUGCUCCAAGUCGAAUGUUAAUUAAUAAAGAUCUUCUUGAUGAAACAACAGCAAGCACUGUAUAUCAUGAUCCCAGUUAUUCGGAAAUAGCAAAAAUCGUGUUACCAAAUAAGAUGAACAGUAUAAACAUGCCACGUUUAUCUAGUUCACAAGAUGAAAAUAUUCAACGCGAAUGUGAAUUGGCUCAACGAAUUUGUCGUCAAUCAAUAGAAGAUAUAGAACGAGAAACCGAAGAAAAAAUUCGAAUGUAUCAACGAGAACAAGAAGAAUUAUUAGAAAAGAAAACAGAACAAUUUAAUAAAGAAUUAGAUAAAUUUAUAAAUUUAAUGCGGUCAACAUUUCGACAAACACCAAGUGCAAAAGGAUCGCCAACAUUACAAACAUCGAGUUCAUAUAUAAAUGAAAAUAGUACGGAAUCAGGAUUUGGUUCAGAUAUUUUUGAUGUAAAUGCAACAGAUUUUGGUCGACAUUCAUCAAAUAUGGAACGAACAUUAUCUGAACGUAAUACAAAUUUAGAUGAUGAAACAAAUGAUGAUCCUAUGCUUGAUAAUCGAGGUUGGUUUAUUGAUAAUGGUAAUAUAAAUUUUGCAACAUCAUUACCUAAAACAAUUGCUUUUCGUCCAUCAAAUAUAUAUACCAUUCCUCAUCAAGAAGAUGAUGGUAAUGAUGAUAUUGAACGUAUUGGUAGAUCAUUUCGUGAUUUAAGUCGAUCAAUGUGUACUGAUGGUACAGAAGUUUUUGGUGAUUUACCAUCACCAAGACUUAAUGCUCGACCAACAUGA